AUGUGUGCUAUGGUCGUGUCUAAUGGCUACAUGGAUGUUAUGGCUGCACGGGUGCCAUUGUUGCCUGGUGGUCAUGGCCUCGUGUGCGUCGUUGCUAUAGGAGCGAUAUGUCUGGAGGGCGAGGCGGGCCCCACGGGGAUAACGUCGGGGCUGUCAGCAGCGGUGUGCGGCUCGAAGCUCUCCGUGCAGUUCCUCUGGAGCUUCUCCUACUGGAGUGCUUACUUCCUCACCUGGGUGAUCAUCCCCAUCAUGCAGGGGUACGAGGACGCAGGGGACUUCACGGCAAAGGAGCGGCUGCGCACGAGUGUGAGGACGAACCUGAUGCUCAUUGGCAUUGUGGGCGCCGUGGCCGUGGUGGGCAUUAUCAUCCUGCUCGCCACCAAGGAGAUGGCCUGGGACAACAUAGUGUCGCUGGCCAUAGGGGCGUCGAACGCGUUUGCGCUGAUAACGGGCGCGCUGCUGCUGGGGUACGGGCUGGUGGAGAUCCCAAGGGGCCUCUGGAGCCACGCGGACCUGGCAGAGCGCCACAAGUGGCUGUCCGUGCGUGUGGCCCGGGCGGCGCAGAAACUGGACCAGGCGCACCAGGAGCUCAGCACUGCCAUCGUGAUUGCACAGGCCACCUCGCUGCAGAUGCCCAGACAUGAUCCCCUGCGACCCAUGAUGGAGAUUAUCGAUGCCAUGGCGAGUGAGGAUGCGGGGUUCAAGCCGUCAGGCGGGCAGAUAGGCGAGAACGACAUGGACUACGACGCCGACGCCAAGAGCAUGGCCGCCCUCCGACGCCGCCUGCGCAACGCGCAGGACAACUACUCGCGCUGCAAGACGGAGUACUGCACGGUGGUGUGGGAGGCGCUGCAGCUGGAGGAGACGUUGCACAACUGCUACCAGGGCACGGGCCGCUACACCUCCUACCUGCGCGCGCCCAGGAAGGGCUUCUUUGCCCCGCUCCUCGAUGUCGUGGAGUGGUGGUGGCGCUGUGCCAUCCGCAGCCACGUGGUGCGGGCCUUCGCGCUGCUCCUCGGCCUCAUCUCCCUCGCCAUCCUCUUUGCCGAGGCCACCCUGCUCUCCCAGAAAUGGGUCGACCUCUCGCUCUUCUCCGUGCUCGUGCGCGCCGCCGCGCUGCACGGGGAGGCGGUGCAGCUGAUAGUGUUUGUGCCGCUGGUGUACCUGUGCGUGUGUACGUACUUCUCGCUCUUCAAGCUCGGCAUGUUCUCCUUCUACUACCUCGUCCCCGCACACACCGACUCCGUCUCACUCCUCAUCAACUGCUCCAUGGUGUCCCGGUACGCGGCCCCCAUGUGCUACAACUUCCUCAGCCUCAUUCACCUGCGCCACUACAACUACGCCACCGGCUCCGUUGAGCCCCUCAUCACCGUCUUUGAAAAGCGCAUGGGGGUGCUGCCCAAGUCGUUUGACCGCGUGUAUCCGCUGUGCAUGGUGGCGUGGUCGCUGCUCAUCGCGCUCAACGUGCACCACCGCCUCUUUGACUCCGUCACGCACCUCCUCUCGCACUGCCGCGGCCUCUACAGCCGCACCUGGCGCCGCCUGCGCUUUGACGAUGACGGCGAGGGGGAGGACGUGGGCGUGGAUGGGCGCAGGGUGGUCGUCAAGGGCCACAUGAUCCUGCAACGAGAGCGGGCGACCAUAGAGCGCGGGCUGCCAGUGGGCGAGAGUGUGGUGCCCCUGGCGCGCCACUUCUCCUCCAAGGACCUCCAUGCCUCCUCCUCCGCCUCCUCCCUGCUCUCAGGCCACUACUCCACCCCCACUAAGGUGCCGCACACGGACCCCAGCUCCUCCUCCUCCGCCGAUCCACUGCUUGAUUCACGGCUGGCUGCGGUGAGGCCAGCAGGGGGCAAGCCUGCGGCUGACAGUGCCAGCACCAAGGACCCCGAGUCGGCAUCCUUGCUCAGAGCAGCAGACCCCAGCUCCGCUUCACUCAAAUUCUCUGGCAUCAUUGCUGCUGGUGCUGCUGCUGGUUCAUCUGCUGGCGGCAGUGCCAGGAAGCCCCAGCGGCCUCCUGCAGGGGGUGCUUCAGGUGCUUCAUCAGGUGCUGCCUCUCCAGCAGCAGGUGUGGCAGCCAGGGUGGGGUUGGAAGCGAGCAUCAAGUCAAGCUCAGCAGGCGAUCUGCUUCCCCUGGGCCGGGAGAAGUCAAGGCAGGCCUCUGUCCCUGGCAGUCCCCUGUUGCUCUCUCGAGCCGCCUCUCCUCUUGUCACUGCCAGGCUGCCACCCAUCAGCACCUCUGCUCACUCCACUCCACACCACCUUUCCACUGCUGUAGCUGCUGCUCCUGCUGGCAGUGCAACACCCACCCGCCCACUCUCGCCUCCCUCUCUCCUCUCUUCCGCUCUGGGUCUAAGCUCUGCAGCGAUGGUGUCAACCCCACAGAGGUAUUUCUGGGCCGGGCAGGGCACAACAGCUGUAGCUGCAGGUGCAAGAGAGCAGCAAGGAGGUACCCAGCAAGGGAGCAGUCAUGCAGUUGGUAUGUCUCCUACAGAAUCCCCACUAAUCUCAGGCCAAAGAGGAGCAGCAGGUUCUGGUUCCGAUGGAACCAUUUCCGGCAGCAGCAGCCAUUGGUCUCAAACACUGCUGGAGUCCCGCUGGUCUCAGGCAGUCACAUCUCGGCUGCGUGAUGCCUCAUCCAGCAGCACAAUGGGCAGGCUGAGGGACAUCCUAGGAAGCCCACAUCCACACAGUAAAGAUGACGGGGGUGCGGAUACAGCGGGAAGGAGUGGAGGUGGCUUGACACAAGAGACUGCUCCGGAUCUGGACAGUAUAUUUGAAAGCUUGCAUGCACGGCGAGCUGCAGCACACACGGAAGAUGAUAUUGAUGAUUUUGAAGAUCAACAUGGAUUGCUACGUCCAGGAAGGGAGCAGCAAAGUAGACGAAAAAACGAUUGCUCCCCAUUACCUCUUCCCGCCUCCCCGUUUCCCCUUCCCGCCUCCCCAAUUCCCCUUCCCGACACCCCAUUUCCUCUUCCCGCUCCCCACUACCCCUUCGCGCCUCCUCGUUUCCCCUUCCCGCUCCCCAUUACCCCUUCCUGCCUCUGCAAUUCCCCUUCCCGCCACCCCAUUUCCUCUUCUCGCUCCCCAUUAUCCCUUCCCGCCUCCUCGUUUCCCCUUCCCGCUCCCCAUUACCCUUUCCCGCCUCCCCAAUUCCCCUUCCCGCUCCCCAUUACCCCUUCCCGCCUCCCCAAUUCCCCUUCCCGCUCCCCAUUACCCCUUCUCGCCUCCCCAAUUCCCCUUCCCGCUCCCCACUACCCCUUCCCUCCUCCCCGUGACCCCUUCCCGCUUCCCCAUUACCCCUUCCCACUCCCCAUUUCCCCUUCCCGCCUCCCCAAUUCCCCUUCCCGCCUCCCCGCUUCCCCUUCCCACUCCCGAUUAUCCCUUCUCGCCUCCCUUCUCAAACUGCCGAACACACAUCACAGUCGCCGCCCGAUCGCACAGCCUCGCUACCACCCCCUCAUCCCCCCCUUUCUCCCUCUCAUCUCCCCCCCUGCUCCCUGUCAUGUCCCCACAUUCUCUCUCUCAUGUCACCCCCUUCUCCCGCUCAUUCCCCCCCAUUCUCCCUCUCAUUUCUUCCCCUUCCCCCUCUUAUAUCUCCCCCUACUCCCUCUCAUUCCCCCCAUGAAGCCCCUCAUUCCCCCCCUUUCUCCCUCUCAUCCUCCCCCCUGCUCACUGUUAUGUCCCCCCUUCUCUCGCUCAUUUAAAUGCCACAUAACCUCCCUCUCAUUUCCCCGCAUCCCCCCCCCCUUCCCCCUCUCGUUUCCCCCCAUCUCCCUCUCCUUUCCCCACGUGCUCCUUCUCAUUCCCCCCCCCUUCUCCAUCUCGUUUCCCCCCCGCUCAUUUCCCCCCAUCUCCUUUCAUUUUCCCCCCUUCUCCCUCUCAUAUGCUUCUAACCCCUACCCCAUACCCAUCCAUCCCCUGUCAUACCCUUCCAUUCCCUUCCAUACCCUUCCAUACCUUCCAUUCCCUUCCAUACCCUUCCAUUCCCUUCCAUACCCUUCCAUUCCCUUCCAUACCCUUCCAUUCCCUUCCAUACCCUUCCAUACCUACCAUUCCCUUCCAUACCCCAGCCAUACCCUUCCAUACCCUUCCAUUCCCUUCCAUACACUUCCAUUCCCUUCCAUACACUUCCAUUCCCUGCCAUUCCCUUCCAUUCCCUGCAUUCGUGCACAGGCAUAUGACUAG